AUGUCCCAUGCCUCCCAUGCCUCCCAUGCAUCCCAUGCGAACCAGGGCUCCGUCGCGGAGAUGGCGCUGAUGCCGCAGCUGCCGGAGCCGGCGGCACGGCUGCUGGCGCCACAGCCCUCCAACUGGAACAUCUUGAAGACAAUGCUCAAGAAGCACAUCUACGUGGCCCGGAAGAGGAGACGUCUUCUCACAAGUGUGUGGCCAGCCGCCCUGUACUGCGUGAUCAGCGUUAUUCUGUACCACGUCUUCGACUCCCUGGAUGUGGGCGUCGUACGCGCCUUGCUCUUGGCGCUCAUCAUCCCUUUCUACUUGGUGUUGGCAGUCAUGGGCGCUUUGCAAUGCGCCAUUGUGGAAAUUGUGACUGAGAAGGAAUCGAAGAUGAAGAUCACUCAGGAGAUCUAUGGCUUGACUGCCUUCAUGUACUGGCUCUCUUGGGGGGCAUAUUUCUUUUUGGUUGCACUGAUCUGCAUGGUGGUGAUCUAUGCCAUGUUGACCUUGGCAGCACCUGUGGUGGCAAAGUCUUCGCCGUUGCUGGUCCUGAUCUUGCUGGGGGCAUCCUACGUGCAGCAACUGGAGUUCGCGGCAAUCAUAUCCAUUUUCUUCAACAAGGUGCAGACCGCCUCCGCCCUGGCCAGCGCCCUGACCAUCGCUUUGAUCUUCCUGGGCGAGGGCAUGCAGGGCUGGCUCCGCGACGAGCCCCGGAUCUGGUGGUACCUGGGCAGCUUGCUGCCCAGCGUGAACCUCUUCAACGGCUUCGCGGCGCUGAUGUUCAGCGAGGCCUUGUACUACUGCGAUGCCCAGGGCUGCUACCAGGGGAUGACCUUGAAGACUUUGUGGGUGAGCGAGUUCUGUGUGACGCCCUAUCGCCCUGGCAGCGCCGAUUGCGCUACCAAGUUCCCAGUGUUUUCGGCCGGGGAGUCAUUGGUCAUGAUCUUGGUGGACAUCUGUCUCUACGCCUUCGUGGCUUGGUGGCUGGAGCAGGUCUGGCAGGGAGACUUUGGUCGGGCCAAACCUUGGCUCUUCUGCCUGCAGCCCGCCUACAUGUGCCCUCGCAGAAGCCGCGAGAGGAGGAGCUUCACUAGCCUGGCACAGCAGGACCACCUGAACCACCUCGCUGAGAACGACGUGGCCAUGAGCAUUCGCAACCUGCGGAAGGUCUUCAAGGGAAAGGUGGCGGUGGAUGGCAUGGACCUGGAGGUGCGAAGGGGGGAGAUCUUCGCUCUCCUGGGGCACAACGGCGCGGGCAAGACCACCUGCAUGAAUUGCGUGGUGGGCCUAGUGCCCAUGACGAGCGGAGAUGCCACCGUCAACGGCUUCGACGUGCGCACGGACCUGGACGCGGUGCGGAGGAACAUCAGCGUGUGCCCGCAGGACAAUCCAUUGUACAACGUCUUUACGGUCCGCCAGCAUCUGAUGUUCUUCGCCAGCUUGCGCGGGGUCAGCGAGCAGCUUCAAGCCGCCAAAGUCAUGGAGGUCUUGACCGCGCUGGGUAUCCCGGAGAAGGUGGAUGACCUGUGCACCUCGCUCUCCGGCGGGCAGAAGCGACGGCUCUGGGUGGCCACGGCUCUACUGGGGGAGACCCCGGUGGUGUUCCUGGACGAGCCGACCAGCGGCAUGGACCCCUCCUCCCGGCGGCAGUUGUGGGAGCUGCUCCUGCGGAUGAGAACUUCAGGCCGGUCCAUCAUCUUCACCACGCACUACCUGGAGGAGGCGGACGUGUUGGCGGACCGAAAGGCGGUCUUGGCGCGGGGAAAGGUGCAGGCCUGUGGCACCUCCCGGGACUUAAAGCUGCAGUUCGGCCUGGGCUACAACCUCCAGGUGCAGUUCACAGCUGCCCCCGGGACCAGUGACCUGCAGGGCUUGCUCAGCCUCAUCCGCAAGCACGUGCCGAGCGCUGCGCAGCGGGUGGCGGCGGAGUCGAGCCCAUCCCUGUCAGCGGUGGAGGAUUCCAUCGUUGCGGUCACCUUGCCAUACCAAGAGGUUUCCAAGUUCGGGCCCAUGCUGAUCGAGCUGGACGGCUGCAAGCAGGCACAGAAGUGGGCCGUAGCCGGGCCGUAG